UUAAUCACAUAUGAUGCUCGUACUGCUAGCCAAGCCUGUUGCCGCCACCGUGUUGUUAUCCAUCUACGGUUGUCAGUGGUCCCAGGAUUUGAGGGGAUGCGCCCCCGCCGUCCUCCUAUUGUGUUUCGCUUGAACAAACUGUAUGGCUCCCCAGGGCAGCAGUGUUGAGCACGGUCGGAUUGAACAUGUAGUUCAUGUGACAUUCUGGUUCGGAACUGGCAAUAUGUGCGUGCGGCUUGCGUGACUGGAGUGGUGAGACAGCGGCUUUUUUGGAUUCAGUUGACUGGGAUACGCGGAGUACUCGGAAGUACCGACGCACCUUGUGUAAUAGAGAACCAUGAGCACUGUGGUAGUGGACUCGGACCACAUGAUACCAUGAAGAGAAGCCUGCAGGUCCUGCGCCGCCAGCUGCUGAGUGUUCUAGCGAUCCUAGCUGUGCCAGUGGGAGUGGUGUUCUCUACCCAGGAGCUGUACCCCAGCUGGACCCCCGAGGACCCUGUCUCCAUGUCAGCGCCCCACAACAGCCCCCCUAACCCGCUACUGCCUCUCCCAGACUGGCAGCAGGAGGACUCCAGCAGCAGGGACCCUUGGUCCCCCCAGGGAGGGGCACUGCCCACAGGCAUCAUCAAGCCCACCACAGCCCUCAGCUCCUGGGGCUGGCAUCUAACCCACCACACCAGCCUGGCACACACUGUGACACCACCCAGUAAAGACAGCCUCAUUCAUGCUGCAGCUACUUUCAGUCCUAACACUGUGAACUCUGUGAGAGUCAACCAAGACCCUGGCCCUAGCUUUGUCAGCCCCAGUCCAGUCAAGCAGGCCCAUUCCCCCAGCUCUGGUGCUCUCAACCCAGGCCACAGCUCUAAUUCUCUCAGUGCAGACCAGGGCCUCUUGCCCAACUCAGUCAAUCAAGCCCAUAGCCCAGAUAAUGCUAAUGUUAACCAGGGCAACAGCCCUCCUAGACCUCCCAGCUCUGCUGGCCAACAGAGUGAGGUAGCUCCAGCUGCAGUGGAGGGGGCUCCAGACUCUGGGUCUGCCCUGGCUCCUUCUUUGCCCAGCCCGCUCACAGAGAGAGAGGAUACUCUGGGCCCGAAGCUUGGUGGUCCCCCGGCCCCCACACACACCCAGGAGCCUCAGGGGGGGGAUUUCAAGGAGCCCACAGACCCCAGUCAGCAGGACUUCACCACUGAGCUGCAGCCUUCCUCUCUCUCCUCCUCUUCUUCCUCAGAGGAUUCUGCUCUAGAUCAGACCCUCAGGGAGCAUGUUGAAGCCACGCCCGAGCUUUCCCGACCCCACGCCAUCACCCUACGGGAGGUGCACCCACUGGUCAACGAGGACCCCACCCUGGAGCUCAAAACAGAUGGCAAUGUCACUUUUCAUAGCGGCAGUGUGGAGGGCAUCCCCGGCGAGGACCCCUCCUCCCAGUGGAACAGCUCGUCCGCUACGGAGCCCCCCUCCACGGCCAGUGGGAACUUUCUGAACCGACUGGUCCCCGCCACCACUGCAGACCCCUGGGGUCCUGGUAAUGGCUCCGGCCCCGCUCUGGACUCACCGCUGUCCAGCACCACCAUCUGCCUGAGCAAGAUAGACAUUGUGUGGAUCGUGUUGGCCAUCAGUGUGCCUGUGUCCUCGUGCUCUGUGCUGCUGACCAUGUGCUGUAUGAGGAGGAAGAAGAAGUCUUCAAAUCAGGAGAACAACCUGAGCUACUGGAACAAUGCCAUCACCAUGGACUACUUCAACAGGCACGCUGUGGAGCUGCCCCGGGAAAUCACGUCCCUUGACAAUGCUGAGGAGUGGAUGCCGAGGUUGGAACAUGUUUAGAAUGCUCGUGGUGACACACAGGUGUUGUGUUGCGUCCCUGUUUUAUUCCUCCUCUCACUGGAGCUUUGCCUCAUCCCUUCCUCCCUCCAUCCAUAUUGUUCUUUCCUAAAGUGCCUCUAGCUUGUCUGGUGCUGUUACCGUAGGGAUGAAUUGUGAAUAGAUUUAUCUCUAUGGCCGUUACAGUCCAUUUCUAUUGCUUAUUUCUCCUGAAUAGCCUUUUUCCAGUGCAACCUAGAAUAUCUAUAUAUAGUACUAUAUAUAGUAAUUUGUUUCUGUUAGGGUUUGGGGUAUUGCCAGUUAGAAUGUACCUCUCUUUUUCUCCUCUCUUUCUGUAGGGCUCGUACUUCUGAAUCMCCGUGUUGGGUUUUUUUCAGCUUUUUCUCCGCCACCCCCCACCCCAUGUUCUGUCUUUUAGCUGAGCAACCGUCACUAUUUCUCUCUCCUCUUUCUCUCUCCCUCUGCUGUGUUGCGUUUUCUGCUGAGUCACCCCUCCUUUGCCCUUCUUUCUUUCUUUUCUCUGUCAUUGGCGCCUGUUCAUCUACCGUCUCUCCUUCCCUCUAUUUUUCUCUCUGUGUGUUCUCUCUGCUAGCGUAAUCAUUCAGCCAUCUUUUGUCCUCAUGGGAAUGGUUUGUGUCUGCCAAGUCACAAAACACUCUGCCCUGAAUCUCACUAGCCUUUAGAAUCAGCUAGUAUUUCUCUUCUAUAGUGUGUACCUGGCAUGAAUCAUGCCCAUUUAUGUGAUGUAGUGUCAUGCUAA